AUGUUGUAUGAUGGGUUGCCAAGAUCAUACUUGAUCAGACAAUGCAAAGAUGAAAUCAAUAAGUUGAGCCAUAUUGUCCGUACGCCAGGCACAGCACCUGGGGCACAACUUGAUUUCAUGUCUGAAUUGAAAUCAGUUGUCGAAGGCAUGGUAAGUUGACAUCUGUUUAAUCCAUUGAGCCGCAAUGCACCUUACUUAUUUUUUGCUUGUCUAACGCUGAACAAUUUUACUUGUCAAGGGGGAAGCUCUGCAGCUUAGUAAUGGGUUAAAAUUACAUGUAUGACAAAAAAGUCUGUCAGUAUUUCCAACACUUUCAUUGUUAAAACAAUAUAACAUGAAAAUGUUGCAUUUGUUUUUUAUACCCCCAAAAUGUAGCAUGUUUAUGUGAGGGAUAUUGAUUCCAUAAUACCGGACAACCACAUCUAUUAAUUAACUAACUAGUGGAGAACACUUUGCCAAAUAUUUCGUUCGUGUAGGGGGCAAUCAUAUGCCUGUUCACGGAUUAGAUUGUGUUUAUGAUUAAGACUACAAAGUUACAGUAAUCAAAUAUAUUUUUAUAAUAUUUUUAGAUACACCAGGGUACCAUUGACAUUUCCGAUCCAACAUUUAAAUUGGACAUUAAAUUAUCCGGGGAUGGUGCAAAGAUGUCACGAUUAACAAAUUUUGUUGUUAUUUCUUUCUCUGUAUUGAACAACAAAAAAAUGUUAUGUCAUCAAAAGGUACGACUGUGUAUAUGCCAUAAUGACGAUUGUGGAAUAAUAACAAAAAGUUUAACCAUUAUCAUGCAUGACUCUUUCCUUACCAAGAUGAUGGGGGUAAAAUCAUCUGUCAUAAGGUCAUGAGAUAGUCUAAAUGCUAAAGUAGAGCACAUGGGGCAUUGUGUGGUAAAGGGUUUUAAGGAGCCAUUAGUUUUAUAAUACUUUUAUUUUAGAUCUCAUAUUUUUUAUUACUUUUACUUGUUAAUAAAUAGGUAACCACACACUUGCUAUCAUUAAAGGCCACGAGUCAUACGAUUUGCUCAAAAGUUCUUGCUCUACUAUAUUUGAGCAAGUCGACAAAUUGGUUGAAAGCAAGAGAAUUGAAGUCUUUGGCAGCAGUAUUCCAGUGGAAGUUUAUCUUGGAGGAGAUUACAAGGUACACUGUCACACAUAAAUAAUGUAUUAUUAUGAAUAUUACAUAGAUCACAUAAGUCCAUUUAUCAGUAAUUCAGUUGGUACAGUGUAGUGCAUUACAAUAUUAUUGCAGAGCCAUUAUUUUGGGAACAUUAAAAAAUCACCAUUUGUUUCUUAGUUUUUGCUUCUUAUGAUGGGGGGGAUGAAGAGUGCAACAUCUGACGAUGCUUGUAUAUGGUGCAAGAUUAAUAAGAAAGACAGGUAUCUUUGUUAAAUAAAUCUUAUUAAAGUAUUUGGCGUGAAAUUAAUUUUAACAGCAAGGUUUGUUUUUUUUUUGGGGGGGGGGGGCAAUUCCUGUGUAGAACUGCCUUUGUUAGCCUCCUGCACAGGCACCUCCCUACUGGUUCCCUGUGUGUGAUGAACAAAACACUGGGCACCCACACAGAAAUGCCUGCAGAGGAGUCUAUGCCGUUAAAACAAUUGGUCAGAAGUUUCGGUACACCCCAGAUAUUUCAGCUUUCUAUGAAAAGAAACAAUAUACCAUGUGCCUUGAGUGCCUGCCAUCAUUUGUGGGUUUUGGUGAGAUUAUCGUAUAACCUCUUAAAACUUUUAGAUGUGAUGUAUCAAAGCACCAAAAUUUUUAUUGGGAGAACCUGACAAGGACCACUAAGGACAUUAUCGAAUGUUCAAUGAAGAACAUUUUUUCAUGCGCAUUCAAGCCUCUGGUAAACAUUCCUCUCUGCAAUGUUGUGCUGGACGAGCUUCAUCUGAUGCUGCGUGUUACAGGUAAGGAACUGUUUAAGUAG